AUGGGAAUUGAAGCAAAAGCUGGGUACUUGGCACCUGAAUGGCAAAAGAAUGCCUUAGUAUCUGUUAAAGCAGACACAUACAGUUUUGGUAUUGUGCUUUUGGAGAUAGUUUGUUGUAGAAGCAGACAAUUAGGUGAGUUGGAUUAUUGCAUUACUUUUGAUUAUUCUAGGUGUACUGUGCAAGAUCCAAGGAUGGGACAGAAGCUUGAGACUGAUCCUAGAGUUGGGUGUAUGUUUCUCGUGGAUAACCUUCGUCUUCCACUUGUUGCUCCUGAUUCUAUUGCUGUUGCAACUAUUGUAGUUUCUUCUAUUCCUUCCCUUGUACUUUGGCAUGCCUGA